AUGCACCCCUCCUCGCUGACUGCGUUGACCGGCCGCUUUCGGGCUGCGGCGCUCUUUGGCCACGCUCGUUCGGCCGCUCGGCCUGCACAUGACGCCGGAGGGAGCAGGUCCGUGACACCGAGGCUGUUUGCCGCCGUCCGCAAACUUAACGAGCUCAACGCGCUCCUGACGCGGGCGCCACUCGAUGGCGACGAGGGCGAGAUGCUGUCGCACGUGCUCUCGCACCUGAAGAAGGCGCACCGGCUACCGGUGCUGUCGCGCGUGCGGCAGAUGGACGAGGAGGGCGGCGCAGACUCCGCCGACGCCGCCUCGGGCGCCUCUCACCUCGACGGCACGCCCUCGGAGGUGGCGGUGACGGCCGACGCGGCGCUUCGGGGGAGCCGGCGAGAGGGGCGGAGGAGCUUCGCUGUGGGCGGGGGAGGAGGCGCGCGGUCACCAGCGGAGGAGGCGUUAGUUAGUUAG